CCGGGAGGAAAUGAUGUGUUGCUGCCUGGUUAAUCACAGCUCCAGACACUCAUUGGCCGAGCGCUCCGCAGCCACUUCCUCCUCCUCCUCCUCCCGCUCCUCCCGCUCCGGCUCCUGCUCUUUGCAGCCGCCGCCGCAGCCGCCGCAGCCUCCCCCUCGGCGCUGGGGGAACUUUUCUACUCUCUGUGACCGUCUCCCCCGCCGCCCCCGGGGGCAAGCCCAGCUGGUCCGCCCGCCCCGCCCGCGGCCGUGCUCCCAGCCCGAGCCUCUGCGCCUCGGGAAGUUUAUUCUGCCCGCCCUCCUCCCCUUCCUCCUCCUCUUCACCCCGCCUCCCCGCCCUCCCCCGGCUCUUUCCCCCGGGUGGCUGCUGCUGCCGCCGCUGCCGCUGCCAGCCUGCUCCUCAGCCAGCCGCGCCGGCCCCAGGGCUGGGAAGCCCCCGGCCCCACGCACCGCUCCGCUGCAGCCGCCGCAGCCGCCGCAGCCGCCGCCGCUCGGGGCCGGCCCUCGGCCCCCGGCUCCCGGCCCCGCAGAGUUCCGGGCUCCCUCGCCGGCUGCACCGCCCCGCCCCGCCCCGCGCCGCCCCGCGCCGCCCCGCGCCUCGCCGACCUGCAGCGCCCGGCUGCCUCGCACUCCGCCUCCCCCGGCUCAGCCCCCGGCCGCGGUGGGACCCGAGGGUCUUACUCUGUCGCCCAGGCUGGAAUGCAGUGGUGUGACCAUAGCCCACUGCAGCCUCCACCUCCCAGGCUCAAGCAAUCCUUCCGCCCUCACCUUCAUGAAUAGCUGGGACUACAGCCUGGAGCAUUCGUAAGCGUCACACUGCCAGAGUGAGAGCUGCUGGAGAACUCAUAAUCCCAGGAUCGCCUCUUCUACUCCCCGAGUACCCCAGUGACCAGAGUGAGAGAAGCUCUGAAUGAGGGC